UGGUGAGCUCUUUUAACUCACCCGCAGUCAAUACUUCGCUUUAAAACCGUCCAUAUAAAAGAGCAAGCCUUCCGGUCUAGGGUUUCCUUCUUCUCAAGGUUGCGGAUCGUUGCUCGUUGCGCAGAACCCUCGUUGCGGCGAUUAUCCGAAGACGAAAAUGCCGUCUCACAAGACCUUCAUAAUCAAGAAGAAGCUGGCCAAGAAGAUGAGGCAGAAUAGGCCCAUCCCUCACUGGAUCCGUAUGCGCACCGACAACACCAUCAGGUACAAUGCGAAGCGCAGACACUGGCGCCGCACCAAGCUAGGUUUCUAAGUACUUUGUUUUCGGCUGCUUUGUUUUUCAAACAUUGGUUUAGUUUUUUGUUUUACAAGGAGCUUAAAGUGUUGUACUUUAUCCGAGAACAAUUUUGUAAGGAACUCAUAAGAGUCCAAUUUCAAUCAUGAUUUCAUGUUUAUUAGAUUCCUUGUUUGAAGUUACUUAAUACAUACCUGUUGGCAUUUUGAUU